AUGAAUCGCAUGGAUCUAAGAAGCCGACAAAACAAGCAUUUGAAUUAAAAGGAAGAUAAAUUAAAUGGUAGUUACUCGACAAAUCAUACCUUCAUGCAGUAAAAUAGUCUUCUACCCGCUUAAUAGAGCAAAGUAAUUGGCAUGAAUAAUAAACCUAGCAAGGAAGUAAUAGUCAAACUUCAGCUAAAUAGUGAAAUACCUAUGACCUCAAAUAAGUUUAAAAUUAGCAAUAAUAAUACUCAGAUAACAGUUAAGAACUCACUCAUUCAAUCUUAGUCUAAUAGUUAAGAGGAUGGAGAUAUUGGAACUCCCAAGAGUAAGAAGAGCAAUAACAACUAUUCAAUCCAUACUAAUGUCAAUGCAACUAUGGUUCACAGAAAUCAAUUGAUGCGCAGAGAAGUUUAGUAUAAAGACACCAUCACCCGACAGUAAAAUGAGAUUUUAGAGUUGCAGGAAGAGGUUGACAAACUCAAGAGUUAUCUUCGAAACAUUCUGGACAAUAAUGAUGUGACCCUUUUUAACAAGAAUAGCAGUCCACACUCUAGAUCUACGAAUGUGAUGAUGGAGGGUAAAGCAGAUCACAUUCACUCAAUAUAUUAGGAUCUCUACAUCACUGACUUAAAGGUAGAAGUGGAGUAAAAUAGCAAGGAUAUGCAGUAUUAUAGGUAGAAACUCUAGGAGAAGGAGAUUCAGAAUAGCAUGCUAAUCAAGGAAAUCAAGGACAUGAAGAGAAUCAUAGACAAUUAUAGAAGGAUAUUCGAAAAAAGAGAAAAAGCUACUAAGAUACAAUCCUAGCAGCAGCAAUUGUACAAUACUAGCUAUAGCAAUUACAACAACUCUAAUAAGAUGUUUGACUAAGAGCUGUAGACAUUUAGAGAUCAGUUUUAAUAGAGUCCGAGUAGGAUUGGACGCAAGAGAGACGCAAUAAUCACUUUGAUAAAUUCAAAUAACAAUAUUAAAGAUUAAAGUAAUGAUCCAGCUGUUGAAUAUUAGGCAGUCAAUUUGUAAAGCUUGGAUCAAAAUCAAUUAGAGUUGAAAAUGUAGCAAUCUUCGCUUGAAACAAAAUCUGUUUAAAUGAAUUAAGCAGACAAAGACUCACUUUAUCACAGUAUUAGACAGAUUCUUAAGUCUUCGAGUGUCAGGGGUCUUUUCAAGAAUACCUAUAAUGUCAUUAAGAAGUAAUUAGGCUGUUCAAAUAUCUACUUUUUGCUGAUGAGCUUUGAGUUGAUAAAUCAAGCCAAGAAGGAUAAACUCUAGAUUCAAACAAUUAGAGUUGAACAAUAUAACUUGGAGCUAUUGCUAUUAAACAUCUAAAAGGAUAAUUUCCACCUUAAGUUCAAUGAGAUCAAGCAGGCCUUUAGAGGAAUCAUGAAGGAUAAACUCUGUAUUCACAGUUUCCAUAAACUUUCAAAUAUGAGCGAGUAUGAUUUAAUCAUGUAGUUGGAGCAUGAUUAAGGAUAAAAUAGUAUGCGCUUCACUAUAGAGGACAGAUAGUUCCUCUCAAUAGUUGGGAAUCUGUUUUCCAAUGUUUAUGAAAGACUUAAGAAUUUAGUUUCAGCCAAGGAAAGUUUAAUGCGCUCUUACUAGUUCCUUGAUACCUUCAAGGUUUUACUGGCUGAGAGGAACCACACUCUUCUGUACUAUAAUAUUGAGAAGAUCUUUCCCAGCUUGUUCAACUAUGAGUAUGUGGGUGUGCUCUUUAGAGAUGAGAAAAAGAACGAUCUCUAUGCACUCAGAAUUGAUGACCCAACAAAUCCUAAAAUACUUGAAGAGAAUAUGCUUAGAUUCCCAAUGACUAUAGGGUUUACUGGUAGAGCCAUUAGUAAACGUAAAGUACUCAUUAGCUUACAAGGUGAGAAGGGCAGUGAGAAUUUCUCAAGCGAAAUUGAUAACUUUUUGAAUGUUCCUAGGAUCAGGAAUAUGAUGGUUGGCCCUAUUGAGGAUAUGAAUGGGGAGAUUAGAGGAGUAAUAUAGUUUAUUAAUAAAAAAGACAAGCCAAGUAUUGAUGCCUCAGAUGAAAUUGAACUUAAAACUAUUAUUCCUGCUCUUGGAGAAAUGAUCAAAACUGCUGAUGAAACACUGAAGAUUAUUAAUAUAUCAGCUGGGCUAAGUUAGUCUCUGGGCUAGAUAAAUUAAACAAUUUAUGAAAGGACUGAGAUUGUCCAAGCUAAGAGUAUGCCAAUGAUUAGUGGGAGCAUUAAAUAUAUGAGUGAUUUGAUUACAAUUUUGGUGCAUGGCAAGAAGGAAGCUGUAUUCUCGGAUAAUCAAAUGAUGCAUGAGGUAUUCCGCGGUAUAAGGAAUAAAAUGCUUGCAUAGAAUAAAAACAGUGCAAGAAAUAACAAUAUAAAUAUAGUGGAUGAGUCAAAUAAUUGA